CAGAAAAGAUGCUGAUGCUUCUGACAGAAAGUGACUACCAUGACUUCAGAUUCAACCACAAUACAGUAUCUGGGAGUUCACAGCAGGACGUGGAGUCACGCCAUUCCUGACACUCUUAUAUCCAAUCCUAAUCUGGAGCAUUUCUCACAGGAUCUCCAGAUGACAGAACGGCGCUCAUCCUCUUAAAUGCUGGAGAGCUUGGCGAGGUGAGAUCAGAAGGUGACCGGAGAGACAGGAUGAAGCUGCCACACAGCGUCUGCGCUCUGAUGGUGAUUUGCAGCUCGCUGCGGUUCUCCUCCGGCUCUGAUGAAGGCGCUCCUCAUCCUCCUGACUGCAACAUCACGCUGCAGUUCUCCUCGGAGACCUCCUCCUUCUCCAGAGGGAACGGAAACAUCCAGCAGAGAUCCAUGUCUCCAUGGAGAUGGAAAUCCACCUCGGUGAAGCACCAGAUCCCGUCCACGCUGUGGGAGGCCGAGUGCGUCAGCAGCUUCUGCUCCAGUCCCGUCUCCGGACCGUCCCAGGACUACAGCCUGAACUCUGUCCCCAUCUACCAGAACAUUCUGGUUCUGAACCGGGUGAAAGGCAGCCACUGCUACACUGCCUCCUACCGUUUGGUGGCCGUUGGCUGCACCUGCGUCUGGGCCAGGACCAACCCGAAUUAGCAGAACCGGAACAGAGGAAGAGCUUUUGAAUAAACGGUCUGAAGAGAUGAAAUAUUUUACUUUUAUUUUAAAUGGACUUAAUUCUGUAAUUAAAAAAAAAAAUAGGGAAUGUUUUUAAUUUAUUUUAAAUGGACUUGAUUCUGUUAUUUUAAUAAACAUUUCAUUAAAUAUUGUUUUUUUUUCUGCUAUUUUAAUAAACAUGUCUUGAAGUGUUCAAAGCUGAGAUCUGAAACAAGUUCUGUGUCAAACAUCGUCAUUAUUUCUCAGAACCUCACAAAUAAAUGCUAAAUGCAAAUUAGCCUCAAAAAUUAAAAAAAAAAAAAA